UUCAUACAAGGAAGGCUUGGAUGUGCUUUUUAUUAGUGUAUAUUGGUGUAGAUCGACUCAGACAAAACACAAGUAGUCUGUUCCUAUGUUUCACACAUUAAGGAAGCUCUUAACAUAAGGACUAGAGUCACUUUUGAAGAAACUAUAAUUGGCGAUUAGAUUGCUCUAGAUACAGAAGUAAAACACAAAAUAACACAUUGUGUUUCGUUUUGACACUUUUCCAGUUAUACGAAACAAGAUGUCUUCAGUGUCAAAGACUCGCGUUAUGCAUUUGAUCUUGAUAGUAUGUGUAUUAAUCUGCGUUGUGCAUCAGCACAAAGCCACUUUCUUUUCCGAAUGUAAGAAAGACAUAGUGAAGUGUGCUCUUGAGCUUUACAGUCUCGAAGAUGAAGAUCGUCGAAGUUCGUCUGUCACUAGGAAUAUAGGAUGCAACCGUUUCUUCAUCAACAAUGUCGAACCAUCUCUGACUGGUACCACCAGUAAUAAACGCUCGAUUUGUCACAUCAUACAGGAGGGACAGUUGUUGUUCGGUUUUGCAGCACAACAUGAUGUGAUAAGAAAGAUACCAGACUGGAGUGCAUUCAGAAUAACACGAAUUAAUACAAACGCAAGAAGGAGUACUUAUUUUAAGCAAGAUGAAAGCCUGGAGCCUAAAGACAGCCAAGCGAGCAAUGCCGACUAUACAGGGUCUGGUUUUAAUAAGGGUCACCUCAUCGCGUUUAGUUUCCAGCCUCCCGCUAAAGAAGCAAGCGUUACCAAUUUGUAUACAAACGCCGCUCCUCAGUAUCCGUCCUUUAAUAAACAUAUAUGGUACCCGAAAGGAGAGCAGCGCCUCAAGAAGUAUGCUAAGGACAAAUGUUUGGCAAACGGUGGCGAAAUGUACGUUGUUGUGGGCACGCAAGGUGAAAUAGGUCAUAUAGGCAAAGGAAAUGUUACCGUACCAAGGUAUUUCUGGACCGCCGCAUGUUGUGACUUGAAGGGUCGUGUUGAGGCAUUCGCUUAUUACGGGGAAAACAAGGAAAGUGGCAGUAGCGUGCGACAUAGGAGUGUUUCACAAUUACAGACUUUCUUGAAUCGUGGGAAUUACAAGAUCAACAUUUUCCGAGGAAACAGAAACUGUAUUGACGUGAGCAAUCAUGUCAGUAUAGACUACGCCAGUAAAAGACUCCCCAAUGAACCCCUUAUAAGUAGAUCGCCUCAGAAAAGAAAGAGAAAAUUCAAUUCGGCGGCGGCGGAGGCGGCUCAUUCAACGCCUGUCGUUUAAAGCAGUGAAACAUGAAACUACUGUAAUGGUUGGUGAACAGGCCCGUAGCCAGGAUCUACCGGCGGGAGGUUUUACCUUACCAAGGAGGGAGCUUUUUGCCAAAAGUGCUCAGAAUGUUGAAAAAACUGCAUGAGUUUGCAAGAAUUUCUGGCCAGGGGGAGGGAGCGCCCCCCCCCCCCCUUUCUGGCUAGCUACGGGCCUGGUGAAAUAUGAGGAAUUCCUGAGCUAGGUGAUCAAAGUAGAGGAUAGGCUAUAUUGAUUGAAACCUGGUAUCGACGUGAUUGAAAGAGGCGAUGGAAAAUAUAAUUGUCGUAUACUAUCAUAGGGUGCCUGAUAACGACAUAAUUAUAAUAUCUGUAAAAUAUAUAUAAUGUGAAUAUAGUUGAAGUAGUUAACUUUAGAAAUGUGAAUACUUUUGUAGAGGUCUGAAAAACGUUUAAAUCAGACAAAAGUGUUAGAGCUGGCCAGGAAAUCCCAUUAUUGCACUAAUAGUGCAAAUACUAAUUUAAAUUAGUAUUUACACUCCCCUCCAUAAGUUUGGCAACCCCCAUUGAACUACGUGUUAAAGCCUCUUUACUUGCGAU